AUGGCACGAGGAGCCAAGUCACGGACGGUUCUGGUGCGGUUGAUAUCGACAGCGGGGACAGGAUUUGCAUAUACGACGGUUCGACGACGAGCGUUGCCCAAGCUCCAGUUGAAGAAGUUUGAUCCAAUAGUGAAUCAGCAUGUACUCUUUACAGAAGGCAAGCUCAAAUAG